AUGCUUCUUGAAUUUGAGCGCCCAGUUGUCUGUCCAUUACGUAGUCUGGCGAUCGGCUCGAAGUUAGACGCUGAUCCAAUGGCAAAACGAUGUCGUCUCGCUUUUCAAGGCCGAGUAUUUCAUCUCUUCUCUGAUCCCAAGUAUCGAGAGACUCAAUUGCCCAAACUUCUGGCAAGUUUGCAAGCGCCAAAUUUACAAUACACUUUAUUUUAA